UGUCGCUUAACCUUUAAAUGCCUCGGUCGCACAGCUUGAUUUAUAAAAUACUUGUUAUCGAAGAUUUUUGUCGCAGUUGAACAUGAAAUCCGAACCCGAGGAACCGGAAUGUUGCAAAAGGUGCAACAAGGAGAUCGAUCCUUACGAAAAUCCAGCCGUCCGGUGCGACGACCAGUGCCAGAAAUUGGUGCACGUGGCUUGUUUGAGACGCGGUGCGUUGCCCAGUAAUUUGUUGGGUGACGUUUUCUACGACUUGUACUGCAUAGAAUGCUCGGACAGCAACGAGGAGGUGUUCAUCCGCCAAAAAUUGUCCUGGUUUCUGACCAUCGUCUUGGCCCUGUACAAUCUCCGAGAAAAGUCGUACGGCUACGGCAGGCAGGGCUACUUUCAUUGGCGCAGUCACAUCUGCGACUUCAUUCAUACCAAAUGGGACAUACUUUUUACACAAUCUGUGAAGCCCAAAAAAAAUUGGAGAGGCACGAUAUCUGGUACAUUGUCUGCGUUCAAAGAUGAGUUUUUCAAAUCUGGAACGGAAGAACUUGGGGAUCAAGGCUGGUGGAAGUUGAUCCCCAUGGAUAUUCCCGAAGUCAUUUUUAAUUACUUUACAGAAUGUAGGAAACAGGGAAAAAAAUUUGAUGGCAGUUCUUCCGUCCUCAAGUCUAAAGAAAAGUCAGAUAGUUGUUUUGUAAAUAGUAAUGAGAUAGUAAAGUCUGAAUUCGAAGGAAAGAAAUGUUCAACAAAUCCAAAUUACGAACAAGAAUCUACAAGCGGAGUUCCAAGCAGUAUUUCAAGCGAAGAUUUUCGAGAUAUGGAAGUAGAUGUAAACAACGUCAAUGAUGAUUUUGCUUUUGACUUUAUUGAAAAUACUGUGGAAGAUGGUUUGCCCUUUUUGGAUGUAAAUGAACUGUCUGAAAUAUAUGAUUCAGAUUGUUUUCAAUACAUAAUGGGCCAGCAAGAUGAGAAUGUUGAUAUUUUUGAUGAGUUUCUAUUUGAAACCACUGAAAAUGAAAAAAAUCUAAAAAUGGAGUGUGACACUGAGGAAUUUCAUGAAUCUGACAGAGAUAAUGUAGAAAGUAGUAAGAGUAAUGAUUUUCCAGAACCACGUCCUUCUUUAUUUACUCAAUCCAAAUGUAAAACAUCUAUAUUGAAUAAUUUACCCGUUAAAAUUAACAAAGAAUGUAUCAAACCCCUAAUGACGGAACGUCAAGAAGAAUAUUUAUUUCAAAAACUUGAAGAACACAAACAUCUACUAAAUACUGCUCCAGUUACUGUCCAUAGGUUGUACAGAAAAUUAAAAGUUAGAAAAGAAAAAAGGCAGUUGGGCUUACCAGUAUUUGACCUUGACAAGUUUCGGAAAAAAGAAGAUAACUUGAAAUCCAAAAAAAUAACGAAUAUUUUGGAUAAAUUUAUGCCAGAAGAUUUUAGAGUUUUAUUCGAACAACGGCUGCAAGGACAUUGUGAGUUGACACCGAUUUAUAUUCCAGCUGUAGAUCGAAAACUGGAUCCUCUUAUUUGGAGGUAUCCAUCAUGUCCCGCCCUAUGGUUGAAAGUAAUGGAUGAGCUAUUAGCAAAAGUGAAUCACAAGAAACUUGGAUGGAAACCCCAGCCUAUGGCAACUGUAGAUUUUUCAUACGUUAGACCUCAGCAUAUACCUGCCAUGAAUAGUCUUUGCUCUCAAUUUUUUUGGCCUGGAGUCGAUUUAACAGAAUGUUUGCAACAUCCUCAUACGACGUGUGUUGCUUUGUACAAAAAAUUAGUUGUGGGAUUUGCUGUCAUGGUACCUGAUGUUAGUUUUAACGAAGCAUACAUAUCCUUUUUACUUGUACGACCCGAGUGGCAAAGAGCCAAAAUCGGAACUUUUAUGUUGUAUCAUCUCACUCAAACCGUUUGGAACAAAGACAUCACUUUGCAUGUAUCUGUAACGAAUCCAGCCAUGACUUUGUACUCGAAAUUUGGAUUCCAAAUAGAAAGUUUUUUAAAAAAUUUUUACGAUAAGUAUAUACCGCCGUCUUCGAAAGAGAGUAAAAAUGCAUUUUUUCUUAGGCUGAAAUGAGAAACUCUAUAGCGUUUUCCAUACAGGACCGAUUGUUGUUUUACAUUCAUAUUCUUGUGGAAUUUUGAAUACACUAUUGAAUAAUGUCACAUUGAAGAAAAAUAGUUUUUUAUCAAAUGAUACUAUCUAGUAAGGAAUUUUUUUACGUACUGUGU